GAGAGAGAGAGGGAGAGAGAGAUUAUAGCAGAAGAAGGUUCUGAAUUAGCACAAUAAAAGAAGAUAGUGGGGCUCAAUAUGCCCUACAAAUUGGACUUGAAAUCAGCAAAGAAAGCAAGCACCAACCAACCCAACUCACUCCAUGAUAUUCUUCUCUCAUCUGUCACCAAGCUUUCUUACAAUUUUCUUCCAUCUGAAAUCAUUCAGGCUUCUCAACAAAGCAACACUCACUACCAGCUAUAACAAAUCCACUUGAACUUACACUCUCUCUAUCUAUUUCAUUCACAUUAUCAUACCCACUUCACCUUUCUGGAUCUUCUUCUUCCUCAGCUCUCUAUCUUGCUGUUCUAAUUCAGUUUAUAACAUGGCUCUGAAGGAGAGAGUUCAGAGGUUUGUCAUCCUUCCCUUCUCAGUUGGCUGUGCUUCCCAUUCCAGCGUUAAGGUCAUCGAAAAACAGUCAAAGAAUACUCAUAUCGAGCAAGACUUUUUUCCUGAAGACGAAGGAAGAGGAGGCCAGGAAAGUGGUAGAACAAAGAGUACUUCUUCAAUAUUUCUUCAACUCCCAAGGCCGAUUUUUUCUGCAGGGAUUCAUAAACUAGCUAAAGGAUUCAAGAACUUAUCUAAUCUGUUCUCAGUCUAUAAAGAUAAUGAUGAGGAAGAUGAAGCAGAGAUGGACAUUGGAUACCCAACAGAUGUGCAGCAUGUGGCUCACAUAGGAUGGGAUGGCUUCAAUAAUGUGGGUGGAAUGAAGGGCUGGGAGAAAGCACCAGAGUUCUUUCCUUUGUCUUCCCUUUCAUUGAAGCAAUUUGAGCUGGCCAUGGCUUCACAGGCUGAAGGCUGUGGUCCUCUUUAAUCUGACCAGGCUCCAGCUUUUUAAUCAGUAUGAAAUUAUGAAGAGAGAGAGAGAGAGGAGAAGUUAUUUUGUGCAGAGAUCGGACCAGAAUGCGCUACAUCAGCGGUACCAAGCCGCGGUACCGAACAGUACCGAGUAAUACCGAGCCGCAAUACCAAGCAAAUGGUGACGUGACGCAUUCUGAUUAGUCUCCGAACAGCAUUCGAAGUCUGCACAUAAUAAUUAAUCGAGAGAGAGAUAGAGAUCCUAAUUGGAUCUAAUAAUGGUUCAUAAGAAUUGACACUAUACCAACCUUAGUUUGCAAGAGAGCUAAAUCUGAAAUCUAUGGCAAUAGAAACUUGUCUGUUUAAUGUAUUGGAUCUAAUUGGAAUGAAAGGUUCAUUUGUGA